GAAAUAAAGAAGUACUAAAUUUUCUUCUUACGUAGUACUAAAGAAAACAAAAACAAUAAGAGUAAUGAUUUUAAUUCUGAUCACACUUAAACUGAAGAUCUUAAUAUCACAGAUUUGAUUUGUAAAAUGAAAUCACAGUAAGUGAAGAAGAGAAUGAGAAGCGGUUGUAGUAGUAGUAAAGGGAGAACAAGAGUAGGGAAAUAUGAGUUCGGAAGAACAAUAGGAGAAGGAACAUCUGCAAAAGUCAAGUUCGCUAAAAAUGUUGAAACUGGGAAAUAUGUUGCUAUCAAGAUUAUUGACAAAGAAAAAGUUAUUAAACAUAACAUAAUUGGUCAGAUUAAGCGCGAAAUAUCAGCCAUGAAAUUGGUUAGACACCCGAAUGUGGUUCGUUUGAUCGAGGUUAUGGCUAGUAAGACAAUGGUAUACAUUGUUUUGGAAUUUGUCACUGGUGGUGAACUUUAUGACAAAAUUGCUAAAAAAGGUAGAUUGAAGGAAGAUGAAGCAAGGAAAUACUUUCAGCAGCUAAUACAUGCUGUGGAUUACUGCCAUAGUAGAGGAGUUUUUCAUAGAGAUUUGAAGCCUGAGAAUUUGCUGUUGGAUGCUAAUGGGGAUCUUAAAGUCUCGGAUUUUGGAUUAAGUGCUCUACCUCAGCAACUUCGAGAAGAUGGGUUACUUCACACUGUUUGUGGGACACCACAAUAUGUUGCUCCAGAGGUAAUCGACGAUAAAGGUUAUGAUGGAGCCAAGGCGGAUUUCUGGUCGUGUGGCGUAAUCCUUUUCGUCCUCAUGGCAGGCUAUUUUCCUUUCGAAGAAUCAAACCUCAUGGAUUUAUACAAUAAAAUCUUUAAGGCUGAAUUUACGGUUCCUCCGUGGUUUUCUUCUGGUGCAAAGAAAUUAAUCGAGAGGAUCCUUGAUCCCAAUCCUUCAACAAGAAUUACUUUUGCCGAGUUAUUACAGAACGGAUGGUUUAAGAAAGGAUACAAGCCACCAGUCUUUGAACAAGAAGAGAUAAGUCUUGAUGAUGUCGAUGCUGUUUUUAGUGAAUCUGCGGAAAUCAGAAACCUUGUUGUAGAAAAGAGGGAUGUAAGACCGGUUAGCAUGAAUGCCUUCCAACUCAUCUCUCAUUCUCAGGGUCUCAAUCUCGGCAAUCUAUUUGAUAAGCAGAUGGGGCUUGUUAAAAGGGAAACUAGAUUUACCUCCAAACAUCCACCUAACGAGAUACUUGCUAAAAUCGAAGAAGCUGCCACUCCUUUGGGGUUUGAUGUGAAAAAGAAUCGGUACAAGAUGAAGCUUCAUGGAGGCAAGAGUCACCACAAAGGACCUUUGUCUAUUGCAACCGAGGUUUUUGAGGUGGCUCCUUCACUAUACAUGGUCGAGCUACGUAAAGCUGGUGGAGAUACACUUGAAUUUCAUAAGUUUUACAAGAACAUAUCAACUGGUUUGGAUGACAUUGUGUGGAAAUCUGAAGGGGAAGCGAAGAAAGCAGCAGACACACUGGUGUCCUUACACAACUAAACCCAUUAGAAUCAUAUGCUAUUUUUGUUUUUGUUUUUGAAUCAAGAUUUUUCCCGUUAUCCAGUACAAAGCGGUAAAAUAAUCAGCAAUGGAAGAUAUGCAACUUGUUGGCUGCUGCCA